UGGGGCCCUUAAGAAACUCCACCACUGUUAGGCACUACGUGAAGAUUAUGUUUCGAGUAUCCUGCAGUUCGGUAAUAUGGACAAUCUUGGCAGCAAUAGAAUGCAGAAUUUUCCAAGCGAACUUCCUUUUGUGAUGAUCAACUUGUAUUUUGCACCUUUCCGUUCUGUUCUGCUGUGUUUGGGUCAGUGUGUGUGCGCGAGAUGAUGGCAGAAAAUCGUGGAUAAGGUAAAUGUGUGCGUGUGUCGAAAAGUCAGCUGUAGAAACAGUGUACAGAAAACUGCAACGCAACAUGCAACGAGAAGAAAAACAGUUGGACAUGCUCCUGGAAGCUGUCCUCAACAGGCUAAACGAUCUGAAACAUUCGAUUGGGGUGAUGAUACACAGGUUGGAAACAGAAUACGAAACGAUCAACUGGCCUACGUUUCUGGACAACUUUGCCUUAAUAUCCAGCCAUCUAACCGGUUUGAUGAAGAUACUGAGCACCGAAAUUGGAACGCCACUGCGCAAUCUUACCGUGCUGCCGUUAAUGCUAACACCGGAACGCGAUGAAGCCUUGCUGCAACUGACGGAAGGUAGAGUACCUAUCUUUUCGCACGAUCUCGCACCAGACUAUCUGCGAACCAAGCCGGAUCCUGGUGCCGAAAGUCGGCAGGCGGCACAUGAGGCAAAAGCGAACAAUCUAACCGUGGAGGCAAGCAUGAAGCAAGUGGCUCAGUAUAAUAAGGUAAUAUCGCACGUCUGGGACAUUAUUAGCAAGGCGAAAGAGGACUGGGAAAAUGAAUCUUCCACCCGGCCCGGCAUACAACAGACCAGUUCGAUGGCUGACACGCAAGCACUGGUGGCUGCCGUUGGGCUUGGCAAUGGUUUGACUGCCCCGGUAGGACCUCCAACUGGUGCGGGAGUCAUGAUUCCUCCGGCAAUUAGGCAAGGUUCACCAAUGAGUGCGGUUUCACCUUCUGGCAAUGCCCCCAUGGGCAAGAUGCCGUCAGGUAUUAAGACCAACAUAAAGUCUGCUAAUCAGGUGCAUCCUUACCGUUAG